CAUGUAUUGACGUGCAAUUAUUUGUGACAAAAAACAAUUACAUUUCAAGCCGGUCUAGUGUACUAUAAUUCUGCCCUAUCGAAUUUCGAAAGAAUACGACUUGUGAAGUAAAUAGAUUCGACAAGAGAGAGAGGGAGAGAGAGAGGAGAAUUUGAAAGCGACUACAAGCACUUUGCGAUUGAGUGCUAUUAAAUGUACAUCCAUUAUGCAACGAGUUAUUGGAUAAUGUAAGUGACGGUGCAUUUGCAAGUAAUGCAGCGGUUCCUUCGUAUGCAACUUUCUCCCAUAAUCAGCAUUUGUACUAACAUCCGCAUUUCACUUUCUUCCCGAAAGUUGCUCGGCGCGUGCCACACACGAGUUCGUAAUGCGUGUACUAAAUAAAUAUCGAUUAUAUGAUACAGGGCAUACGUUCGCUAUAAAAUUCAUUUGCCGGACAGAUUGCAACAUAUUCACGAGAUAACAUAUUUUCCGGAAGUUAUACCUCACACGUUAGUGCGGAUUGUGGUCCCGCAAAUAUUGGGUAUUGCUCUUCAUCGUGCUUGAGAUAUAAUCGUUCUUAUGUAUCUUUAAUGUACAUUUCAAUAUUUCUUAAUAUCUUAAUAGAGAAGGAGAGAAAAUAAUUUUUCAAGAUGCUCGCUACGGUAAUGUUGUUAUUGGUCCUCCUAUUGCUGCUGUUAUACUUAGACUGCCGGAAACCGAAAGGAUAUCCACCAGGUCCAAGAUGGUGGCCCAUUUUGGGAAGUAUACUGGAAGUAGAACGUCUUCGCCAGGAAACCAAAUAUAUAACCAAGAGUUGCGCAAUGCUUUGCAAGAAGUACGGUCCGGUAAUAGGUCUGAAGUUUGGCCAACAACGCAUCGUCGUGUUGAACGACCUGGAGAGCAUGCACAUGAUGCUGAGCGACGAGAAUUGCGACGGUAGACCAAACGGACCUAUGUUUAAGAUCCGAACUUUUGGCCUUAGACAAGGUCUCAUUCUCGUGGAUGGACGAUUGUGGGUCGAGCAACGAAAAUUCGUAAUGCGGCAUUUGCGUGAUUUCGGCUUCGGUCGCAAUACCAUGGACACAAUCAUCCAGUACGAGGCUCAGAAGCUGGUGGAGCAUUUCAACAAGCUGCUACACGGCGAUUACAAUGAGCAGCUGACUAACAUCCGGAAGUCAGUGGUGAACGACAACAACGUCGGCCAGAUAUAUAAACUGCAGAAGGUGCCGAACGACCUGAAGAAGCCGGGCCUGUACGAGCAGUUCAACGUGAUCGAAAACAAAACUAUCAAGAAACGCGCUUCGACAGCUGCGGAUUUAUACGUGAAAGCUGAGGACUACGUUGAGGUCCGAAAAGUUGCUCAAUCGGCAGGAGUGAUCGUAUUUAUGCACAACGCCUUUGGUGUGACUGUACUGAACACCUUAUGGAGGAUGAUGGCUGGCAAGAGAUACGAUAUCAAUGAUAAGGAACUCGCCUAUCUGCAGAAGAUCUUCGCGAAGCUCCUAGAAGAGGUUGAUAUGAUCGGCGCGCCUUUCAACCAUUUCCCGGCGCUGCGUUUCAUCGCGCCGGAAAUGUCCGGUUACAAGUCGUUUGUGGAAACGCAUCAGAAACUUUGGACAUUCCUGAAAGAAGAACUGUACAAUCAUAAGAACACGUUCGUAGCAAGUGAACCGCGAGAUCUGAUGGACGCCUACCUCUCUGUACUGCAGUCGAAGGGUCACAACGACACGUUCUCAGAGAUCCAGCUCUUAGCGAUUUGCGUAGAUCUUUUCAUAGCGGGCUCAGAAACAACCUCGAAGUCACUCGCCUUCGGGUUCAUGUACUUGAUACUUUAUCCAGAGGUUCAGAGAAAGGCGCAAGAAGAGAUAGACCGAGUUGUUGGUCGCGACAGAUUCCCCAUGUUGGCCGACCGACCGAGCAUGCCGUAUCUUCAAGCGACCGUUUUGGAAUCCGUAAGGAUGUUCAUAGGACGUUGUCUGAACGUGCCACGACGAACGUUGAGGGAUACCUUUAUCAAAGGUUAUAGAAUACCCAAGGACACAAUGCUCGUCCUGAAUUUCAACAGUAUAUACAUGGACGAGUCCUGGGGCGAUCCGGAGAACUUCCGGCCGGAGAGAUUCCUCGAUGAUGAUGGCAACGUCUUCAUGCCGAAAAAUUAUUACCCUUUCAGUGCGGGCAGACAUCGUUGCAUGGGAGAGACAUUAGCCAAAAGAAACAUCUUUCUCAUAACGGCCGCCCUGCUGCAAGCCUUCAACUUCUCCGUAGCACCUGGCGAGCCACGACCGUCCAGCCAGGACUACACGGACGGCGUCACACCUUCCCCUAUACCGUACAAAGCACUAAUCUCUCCGAGAACGUAAUUUCACGACUAGAAUGGCGUGUUGUUUCUGGAACGAACGACCUCUAUACAGUUCGUCCCGGCUUCGACAUUGGUCGCGGCUCGUUUUAAUUAGAAUUAACAAUAAGUUCAUCUCUCUCAUACCCCCACACGUCAUCGAAUCGCAUUUUACAAAGAUUGCAAAAGACAAUUGGAAAAAAAAAUAUAUAUAUAUA